AUAAUCUAAUGAGGCCCCUUAAGAACUAUGGAAUCACGUGCAUGUCUAUGGGUUUCUUGAUAGAAGAGACUACCCCGGUUGUGUGGAGAGGGCUCAUGGUAAUGUCAGCUGUUGAGAAAUUGUUGAGACAGGUGGACUGGGGUCGACUGGACUAUUUAGUAAUUGACAUGCCACCUGGUACUGGAGAUGUACAGCUGUCAGUCUCACAGAAUAUUCCAAUUGCAGGAGCUGUGAUCAUCUCCACUCCGCAAGACAUGGCUUUGUUGGAUGCACGCAAAGGAGCUGAAAUGUUUAGAAAAGUCCAUGUACCAGUUUUAGGACUCAUUCAAAACAUGAGUGUUUUCCAGUGUCCCAAAUGUAGGCAUGAGACACACAUUUUUGGAGCUGAUGGUGUAAGAGAUCUAGCAAAAACCCUUGGAUUAGAUGUUUUAGGAGACAUUCCACUGCAUGUUAAUAUACGGGAGUCGUGUGAUUCAGGACAGCCUGUUGUGAUCUCGCAGCCUCAAAGUGAUGCCGCUAAAGCCUACCUAAAGAUAGCUAUGGAAAUAGUAAGACGACUGCCAGUACCUCCUGCUUGA